AUGACAACGCCACCUCCUCCAGGCGGAUUCGUCCCACCCUCACUGCCCUCCCCGGCGCCUUCGUCCGCAUUAUCAUCGGCGACUUUAUCGCAUACACUGCCACAGCAAAGACAUCACCCUCUUAAGUCUGGGUCGCCGAAGGAGACGGCGGUCAUUAAUUAUGUCGAUAAUCACAUAUUAACAAUCAAUCGGCGGCAUGCGAAGAAGUUCAGUAGCUCGUUCGCGGGGGAGAAAGAUGAGGAGAGAGGCUAUGAGAGGUUUCGCGAAGUGGUGAAGGAUAUCGAAGCGGUAAUCGAUGUGCUGUGGGUCAGUGGGACUCCAUCCCUGCAAACACCGUACCUGAUCUCCUUAGCAGGUUUGUUUAAUACGUAUCUCCCGGACUACUCCUUCUCGCCGAAAUCCACUUUCCGACUGGUCAAGAAGCUUGAUGCCAUGUUUGCUUCUUUGCUGCAGGGCGAGGAUGUCGAGACUGGUCAGCCGCUGCCAGGAUUCGAGACGAGGCGGAAUCAGGUGUCCAUGACGGAGAAAGUUCGGAUAAAAAGCAUCGCGGAGAGCACGCGCAUGACGGUGCUGGACGUGCAGGACGAAGGCGGGCCGUCGGAGUAUGACUUUGAGGAUGACGAAGGGGAUGGCAGUGUGACCGAGGGCGACGACGAUGGAAUGGGUGGUGGUGAUGAUGAUGGCGGUGAUUUUGGGACCGGGGAGUAUGUAGACGCCCCGGGGCCGGGGCGCUGGGAAAUGGAGUCCGCGCGGGUGUUUGAGAAAACGAUACAACUUCUCGGAGAUGAACUCGGGAGGCAAGGUGGCCUGUAA